AUGCGUGAAUUGCAUAUCGAAAAAUUAGUUUUAAACAUUUGUGUUGGUGAAUCUGGUGACAGAUUGACCAGAGCCUCAAAGGUUUUAGAACAAUUAUCCGGUCAAACCCCAGUCCAAUCCAAGGCUAGAUACACCGUCAGAACCUUCGGUAUCAGAAGAAACGAAAAGAUUUCUGUCCACGUUACCAUCAGAGGUCCAAAGGCUGAAGAAAUCUUAGAAAGAGGUUUAAAGGUCAAGGAAUACCAAUUAAGAAACAAGAACUUCUCCGCCACUGGUAACUUCGGUUUCGGUAUUGACGAACACAUUGAUUUAGGUAUCAAGUACGAUCCAGGUAUCGGUAUUUACGGUAUGGAUUUCUACGUUGUUAUGGGUAGAGCUGGUGCCAGAGUUACCAGAAGAAAGAGAUGUAGAGGUACCAUUGGUAACAACCACAAGACUAACAAAGAAGAUUCCAUCCAAUGGUUCAAGCAAAGAUACGAUGCCGAUGUCUUAAACAAAUAA